UUCUAUUCUGUCCGUUUUUAUUUUUUGUUUUAAUGCUGAUUACUGGAGUUCGAGGUAAACUGCUGAGAUCAUUUCUCCAAUUGCUGACACUAAGCCGCAGCAUCAUCAUGGGUGAGGCCAGCUCUAAGCCAUCCUCUUGGCCCGCAGUCAGUCGUCCUGCCAGCGAGUUUGCCCAACAAAUGUUGCAGCAAUGCCGCCAGUUGGAAAAACCGAAAGUUUCAGUGGAUUUGGACCGAUUCCAGGCCAUCUCAGAGCGUUUUCCUGCAAAGUUCGGUACGGACACAUGCCGGGUGAAGGCACAGCCGGCGGAUCGCAGGGAGCUUAUCAGGGAUCAAAUCGCCUCCGCUUAUCCGGUGAUCCAUGAGAGGACACUCCUUCUGUACAUUAAUUUCCUGGAGCACAAGCAGAAAUUUGGAAGCGAUCAAGAAAAGAAAAUCUACAAGGACAUGACGCUGGUGGCCUUUGUGCAGCGUCUCCUCGCCCAGCGAUGCGUUUGGUUCUUUGGUGACAACGACUUUUAUCGCACCAUCAGUGGCCAAACCGGAGACGGGGGCUUCGAGGCGGUGGGCACACCAGCUGAGCAGUAUCCGCUCGAACUGACCUCCGUCCUCAGCUACGACGAGAUCAAGCUGGCCGCCCUGCUGUACGUCUCCACCCACUCGGAGUUCAUCAACAACGGGCGGCGGUCCAAUGCCGGCGAGGUGACCCAGGACAAGAACCAGAUCGAGCGGGAAGGUGUGAUCAUAGGACUGAUAGGAGCCCGUUUCGAGCGACCCCAAGUGAUGGAAUAUCAGGACAUAAUGAUAACCCAAACGCAAAACACCCAGGCGAGAGGAUAUGGUAACUCCUCCAGUGGACCGGCGGCCGAUCUUCGUCGAGUUUGGCGCGAAUUCUACGGGGAAUCGCAGGACUUUCUUUACGGGAAGAUUCCCAGAAACGGUGACCGUUUCGAGAAAGUACCCGAGGGCUAUUUUGAUCACAAGGUGAUGCGCAAGCGAUAUGCCAUCAGCUUUGACACCCUGCUCCUCGAGGCCCAAGCCCGAGCGACCGCCGUGGGCAAGCCCGCCUACAUCCAUGUGGUGGGCAUUGGUCUGGGCGUUUGGAAGGUGUCCGGGCGACAAGAGCGCACCUUCUUCGAGGCCUUUGAAGAGCGUCUGCUGGCGCUGGGCGAGCAACUCAGCCACAUCGGCGUGGUGCACUUCUCCUGGUUUCACCUGCCGCGCGUAGGUCGUCUGUACGAUGGCGCCCUGUUGCCCCUGAAACAGCAUCCGCAGGGCGGCAUCCAGAUACGAAAUUCGGCCAGAAAUCCUGCCGAUAAACUGGCGGAGGACAUGCUGCCUGUGGUUACAUACGCCUGGGAUGGCAACGCACUGCCAGGCAACGAGUUCUGGGCGAAAAUGUUAGUCGGCACUGGAGAUCCGGCUGCUGCCUGCUCCACCCUCAUCUCGGAGCUGCAGAAUCCCCACAUCAAUGUGGACUAUAUGAGUGGUGCCAAUCUGCACAUAACAUCCGUGGAGCAUGGCUUGCUGCACCUGGGCGACUAUGCCCGGCGGUUGAAUGUGUAGAGCUCAAGGGGACUUUUUUUUAGCUAUCUAUUAGCAUCCAGCAUUUUAUAGAAAAUAUAAAAUAUAAAAGGAAAAAAAUUGUACAUACUCUUACAAUUUUAUAUAAUCCAUGAACUAUUGAUGGUUAUAUUUUUAAAUAAUUUUUCUACAUGUGCAAUAAA